UUGACUAGACCAAACCUACCAAAGGCUAAUUUGUACACCGAGUCAAAAGGUCUGUGGUUUGUACAUAAAGGCUAUAGACUGCCUUUAGUGUGUGUUUAAGAAGAACUUCAUCCAAGAAUCUGAAGAUGUCUUAUUUUCAGUGAGGGAGCUAUUACCCUCGUGGUGAUUUUAUAAGUAACACCUAUUGCUUGUUUGGGUUGGUGUGGUCUUCCUUCUGCCACGGACAGUAGAUCAGUCAGACACGCCUCCGAGGAUCCGGAUCUUAGCACCUACGUGAAAUUGUGUCCAGUUGUGUUAAAAGGGCGGUGGACUAAGCCCAUCACCUGGAGGUAGAGCUGGAUCCACAUGUGGAGAAGAAGGGCAGUCAUGGGUUUGCCGGAUGGGAGGGCUGAGCUGCUGGGGUUUAUUUUUUUGAACGUGCUCUGCAGGUUCCUGUCCAACUCCAGCCAUCUUUCAGACAACCAAGUUGUGCUUCUUGAUACCACUACAGCAAUUGGAGAACUAGGAUGGAAAACAUAUCCUGUAAAUGGGUGGGACUCUAUCACAGAAAUGGAUGAAUACAACAGACCUAUUCAUACUUACCAGGUAUGCAAUGUUAUGGAAGCAAACCAAAACAACUGGCUCCGUACGAACUGGAUCUCUCGUGAUGCAGCACAAAAAGUGUUUGUUGAAAUGAAGUUCACACUCAGGGACUGUAACAGCAUCCCGUGGGUGGUGGGUACCUGUAAGGAGACGUUUAAUCUUUAUUACAUGGAGUCAGAAGAUGCCCAUGCAGUAAAAUUCAAGCCAAGCCAAUACAGUAAAAUUGAUACAAUUGCUGCUGAUGAGAGCUUUACACAAAUGGAUUUAGGAGACCGCAUUCUAAAACUGAACACUGAAAUACGUGAAGUGGGCCCAAUUACAAAGAAAGGAUUUUACUUAGCAUUUCAGGAUAUAGGAGCCUGUAUUGCUCUAGUUUCAGUAAGAGUUUACUACAAAAAAUGUCCAUAUAUGGUCCGAAAUUUGGCAAUGUUUCCAGACACUAUACCAAGAGUUGACUCAUCUUCACUUGUGGAAGUACGAGGCUCUUGCAUAAAAUAUGCUGAGGAACGGGAUACUCCAAAAUUGUAUUGUGGAGCUGAUGGAGAUUGGCUUGUACCACUAGGGCGUUGUGUCUGCAGUGUUGGAUAUGAAGAAGUAGAUGGGUCUUGUCAAGCAUGCCGACCAGGAUUUUAUAAAGCAUUUGCUGGAAAUAUCAAAUGCUCUAAGUGUCCCCCGCACAGUUUUACUUACGUUGAGGCAACAACUGUCUGCCAGUGCGAGAAAGGUUACUUCAGAGCGGACAAGGAUCCUCCGGCCAUGGCCUGUACAAAGCCACCUUCUGCUCCAAGGAAUAUAAACUUUAACAUGAACGAAACAGCCCUUUAUUUGGAGUGGAGUCCACCAUAUGAUACUGGAGGAAGAAAGGACUUGAUAUAUAAUGUGCUCUGCAAAAAAUGUGGUUUGGAUCCUGACCAAUGUGAACUUUGCGGUGGAGGAAUACGUUUCGUACCUCGACACUCUGGCCUGCUAAAUUCUUCAGUCACUGUAUUGGACUUUUUAACACAUGUUAACUACACGUUUGACAUUGAGGCGGUAAAUGGAGUAUCCGAGCUUAGCUUCUCUCCCAAGCAGUAUACAUCAAUUACAAUUACCACCGAUCAAGAAGCUCCUACAUUAAUUGGCAUGGUCAGAAAAGACUGGGCAUCUCAAAACAGCAUCGCUCUUUCAUGGCAAGAACCAGAACAUUCUAAUGGGAUCAUUCUGGACUACGAGAUCAAAUAUUAUGAGAAAGAGCACGAACAACUCAGUUAUUCGUCUACAAGGUCCAAAGCGCCAAGUGUUAUUAUCACAGGCCUCAAGCCUUCUACAAAGUAUAUAUUUCACAUUCGAGUCAGGACCGCUGCAGGAUAUAGUGGCUAUAGUCAUAAAUUUGAAUUUGAAACUGGAGAUGAAACAUCUGAUUUGGCCGCAGAACAAGGACAGAUUCUGGUAAUAGCUACAGCUGCAGUUGGAGGAUUUACUCUGCUAGUCAUACUCACCUUGUUCUUCCUUAUCACCGGGAGGUGCCAAUGGUAUAUCAAGGCCAAAAUGAAAUCGGAUGAAAAACGAAGAGCAAAUCUGCAGAAUGGAAACCUUCGACUCCCAGGAGUUAAAACCUAUGUUGACCCAGACACAUAUGAAGAUCCUGCUUUGGCAGUCCAUGAAUUUGCAAAAGAAAUAGACCCUUCCAGGAUCCGCAUUGAGAGAGUAAUUGGAGCAGGGGAAUUCGGAGAAGUGUGCAGCGGAAGAUUGAAGACACCAGCGAAGAAAGAAAUCCCAGUAGCUAUUAAGACUUUAAAAGGAGGUUACAUGGACAGACAGAGGAAAGAUUUUCUGAGGGAAGCGAGUAUCAUGGGGCAAUUCGAUCAUCCAAAUAUUAUCAGACUUGAAGGCGUUGUUACAAAAAGUAGGCCUGUAAUGAUUGUGGUUGAAUACAUGGAGAAUGGAUCUUUAGACUCAUUCUUGCGGAAACAUGAUGGUCAUUUUACGGUCAUCCAGCUUGUGGGCAUGCUCCGAGGAAUUGCUUCUGGAAUGAUGUACCUCUCCGAUAUGGGUUACGUGCAUCGUGAUCUUGCUGCCAGGAACAUUUUGGUUAACAGUAAUCUGGUGUGCAAAGUGUCAGAUUUUGGACUUUCUCGAGUGUUAGAAGAUGAUCCGGAAGCUGCUUACACAACUACUGGAGGAAAGAUACCCAUCAGGUGGACAGCUCCAGAAGCAAUAGCCUAUCGAAAGUUUUCAUCUGCCAGUGACACCUGGAGUUAUGGAAUUGUUAUGUGGGAAGUGAUGUCCUAUGGAGAGAGACCGUACUGGGAGAUGUCUAAUCAGGAUGUCAUUCUGUCCAUAGAAGAAGGUUAUCGGCUUCCUGCGCCCAUGGGAUGUCCAGUCUCACUUCAUCAACUAAUGCUUCACUGCUGGCAAAAGGAGAGGAACCAUCGACCCAAGUUUUCAGAUAUUGUUAGUUUUCUAGACAAACUUAUCCGCAAUCCCAGCACGCUGCACAUUCUUGUGGAAGAUGUCCUGGGACUGCCAGAAUCACCAAGUGAUGUACAGGAAUAUCAUUUUUUUGUCACAGUCACUGAAUGGCUAGAGUCUAUUAAGAUGGGCCAGUAUGCCAAUAAUUUCAUGGCAUCAGGACUCACGACAUUGGACCUGGUUUCCAGAAUGAGCAUUGAUGACGUCCGAACAAUUGGAGUUACACUUAUUGGACACCAGAGAAGAAUAGUCAGCAGUAUACAGACUUUGAGACUACAGAUAAUGCAUAUACAGGAAAAAGGAUUCCAUGUAUGAGAUUAGUAGAAGAAACUGUUUUGUGCCUCUGCAUUUCUUUAAAGGAAAAUAGUAUUUAUUUUCCUUGUUUUGAACUCUCCCUGUCUAGAAUAUUUUACACAUAACUCUAAGGGAGAAAAAGAACUCAACACUUCCAAGACUGGGGUUUUUGAAAACCUGGCAUAGAACCGGACUUCAAGAAACUGACCAAUAAAAUCCCGGGCCCUACAGCAAGACUGUUGCUUCACAGUGAUGAGUGAAAAUGGCUUCUCAUGGAUGUGCAACUUCGUGUGAUAGUAUCCAGCAAUUAUUUUUUCCUUGAACUUAACAGAAGUUUUGGACAACUUCCUUCUGUUGGUUUUUUUUCCUCUUCUUUUUUUUCUCUCGUUU